AUGAAGGACCUACCAGGCUCGCUCCCCGGCAAGCCGGUGCUCCCGUCGCUCUGGACCGAGAACCUCACCCUCGCCGUCCUCAACCGCCUGCCGAACCGCUACCAUGUCGGCCGCCGGCGCAUGCGCGCCAAGUCCAACACGGCGCGCAACGGCAUGCCCGACAUUACGAGUCUGGAGACGUCGUUUAGCUUCUGGGACGGCAUCCGCGACCUGCAGAAGCACAAGUUCAAGCCGACGGACCUGCAGUACCUCUUCGUCGCCGGCCUCACCCUCUUCAUGCUGUGGAUCGCCCCGCCGGCGCCGACCAUCAAGUUCUUUGCCCUCGUCGCCAGCGUCUGGGCGCUGCUCGUGCCCGCGACGCGGCAGUUUUUCCUGCCGUCGGUGACGAUAUGGGUGUGGUUGCUGUAUUUCUUUUGUAGCCGGUUCAUCCCCUACGACUAUCGGCCGCACAUCUGGGUGCGCGUGCUGCCCGCGCUGGAAAACGUCCUCUACGGCGCCAACCUCUCCAACAUCCUCUCCGCCCACAAGCACGCCGUGCUCGACAUCCUGGCGUGGCUGCCGUACGGCAUCAUGCACUUUGGGGCGCCCGCCGUGUGCUCCCUGCUAAUGUUUAUUUUCGCCGCGCCCGGGACGCUGCCCGUGUUUGCGCGGUCGUUUGGCUGGAUGAGCAUCCUCGGCGUGACGAUACAGCUCGUCUUCCCCUGCACGCCGCCGUGGUACGAGAACGAGCACGGCCUGGUCCCCGCCGCCUACGGCAUGCCCGGGUCGCCGGCCGGCCUGGCGCGCGUCGACGAAAUCUUUGGCAUCGACCUGUACACGACCAACUUCACGGCGGCGCCGCUGCCGUUCGGUGCGUUCCCGUCGCUGCACGGCGGGUACGCGGUGCUCGAGGCGCUCUUCAUGAGCCACUGCUUCCCGCAGUUCCGCGUCUUCUUCAUCGCGUACGCCGGCUGGAUCUGGUGGGCGACCAUGUACCUGAGCCACCACUACGCCAUCGACCUCGUGGGCGGCGGCCUCAUCGGCAUGGCCUUUUACUACACGGCGCGCGCGCGGUGGCUGCCGCGGCGCCAGGCCGACAAGAUGACGCGGUGGGACUACGACUACGUCGAGGUGGGCGACCGCCACCGCGCCGCCGACGAGGAGCUGGGCGGGCAGUACUUUAGCCUCGGGCUCCUCGAGCACCGCCGCGCCAGCUCGAGCGACGGCUGGACCCUCGGCAGCAGCUCCAGCUACAGCUCGAGCAGCGGCACCGUGAGCCCGACCAUCUCGGAGGGCCCGCCGGGCAUGCUGCUCGUCGACAUGGAGAGCAACGGCCAGCUGUGGGACGGCAACGCGGCGCCGCGCGACGUCGAGCUGAGCGAGGUGGUGGUGAUGCGGUAG